AUGUUAAAGUUCGCACACCUCCAAGCUUGGGAUGCAUCUGUAGCUGCCCAUGGCGGCGUUCGCCCAAGCUUCGCGAGCUCCGACUCCUUCACGAGCCAGGCAGUCGCGCCCUCCACACUCGCCUUCCUCGCUGCCCUUCGCUGCAAGCGCUUCUGGCGAAACCAUCACCGGCCGGAGGAUGGUGGUGAUGGAGACUUCGAAUACCCGUGGUGCAUCUGCGGCCACCACGCCUGCUUCCACGACGCCCCCGACAAUGCUGCCUCCAGCUCGCACCAGCAAUCCAUCCAUCGCCCAUCCGAUACCCCCGUAGACCUCAUCCAGGUUGGCGACGGCGUGUACGUAGAACGCACUCGACUCGACCACACGAUCCAUGACAUACAACACACACCCAGGAGGAGAGGGCGGUUCACACGCAGUCUAUCUGGGGAUACGACCGCGGAAGAUGGAGACCAUGCAAUGCAGCAUGUCGCUACUGUGAACGACGGCCCGGCCAAUGCGAGUCGGAAGGACAGCUCAGGUCUCCACAUCUCCGGCUUCCCAAGCGUCCCAUCCAUCUGCCAAUUAAACUCCAGCGAGCUCCGUGGCGCUGCGAGUAUUCAGCCGCCCCAGCAGCACCCAGGGCUCAACAUGUCGAUGCAAUCAACCACCGACCGUUUCGAUCGAAUGCGUGCGUCGGAGACAGAUGCUCUGAGAGAAUGGCACAAGACACUGGAACAAGCGAGGGAACAAUCACAAUUAGCCUCCACAAUCCGCUAUUCGGUCGAUACGGAGAGUGAUCGUCCCCGUCAUAGUCCAAGCCGCGCUUUCCUCGAUCAUGUCCUGCAAUCUCGCCGCGCUGCAACUCAGACGAACGGUCCGCCCACUUUUGUGAAGGCAGAAGACGGCGCGCAGAGUAUCACGGAUCUGGCUAGCGUGACCGACACACCUGAUGUCCAAGCCUACGAUCGCCACCUCCAGGAAACAACUUCUCUGAUCGAUGAUGUUAUUCGAGAGAUGACGUCUAUCGAUAAUGCGGGCCCGGGUGCUAAUGAAGGAGACGGACUCGUGCUAUCUCCAACCCAACCAAACACUUCGCAAUUCAGUUCAAGACAUGCAGGUGAUGGAAUACCCGACACCCAGCCGAACUCUAUUGCUUCUGUUCCAAUGAGCGUUCCUUCGGCCCUUCGCAAGCUUGCACCUCAGCUGCUUACCCUGAAGAGGCAUCUCGCAGCACAACCAAAUAUUUCUACCACCAUUCAAAACAUGUCUGACCGCCUCUGGAUGUUAGAAAAUGCAUCUUUUCAACACGUCCCGGCCGAGGAGGUAAUCGACAAGUUUGAACUGAUAGAAGGGCGACUUCUUGAGGCUGAGCAUCGUCUUGUCGAGCUCGAACAUGGCCAGGAUAGCUUGCAGACAUCCAUUACUGCCCGCAAUGACGAGAACCGUCCGCGUUCCAGCGAUUCCCCCGAUUGCUCGAAAACCAUCUUAGCGGAAGUCGUUGGACAGCUGAGGACUGAAAGGAAAUUCAACAAUAUUGAGCAACGUCUCCAAACUCUUGAGUAUUCGGUUCCAUCCACCGCAUAUCCUUGGGAUAUCGAGGUUGUUCUUUUGCCCUGGAGCAGAGAUCUUCAGGGCAUUUGGUACACUCAAAGGGAGUUCGAGAGGAUAUCUCAAAAUUCUGAAGGUUUCCGUUCCAGUUCCGGCUCUCCUCUUCGAAUCAAGUACAGGGACUCCAGUGAUGAUGAAGACUCUGAUCACGACGGCUUGGAAUACGACCUUCUUUUCCCCAAAGCAUGUGGUCCACGAAGCAAAAUCUGGUAUCGUCUCAAGAGCAGGGGCUUCAUCAAGAACGUAACCAUCACUGAGCCAGGAGCCCGCCACAUUUUCAACACCAUCCAGGAUACUUUUGGCGAGGAAAUCUUGAGGGUUGCUGGGGAUUCUUCUCUGAUUGAUGAGGACCAUCUGCAAUUUUAUGGAAUGAGAGCGCCUGUCAUCCCCCUUCGAAAGAUCCAGAAAGAUAAGCAACUUCUGUUCCUCCCUCCCUCGGAGUUGAUAAGCCCAAUGCUGUGGAACGCCGAAUUUCUCUGCUCCGAUGUAAUCCACCACAUACACGGGAAGAAGCGCCUCUAUGUCACUGGCAGUUGCGCUUACAUGCAGGCCAUUGCUCCGGAUAAGGGUGCCACAUGGAGGGACAUCAAAAGUCUACCACGUGUUGAUCUCUACUCGUCUGCGGCUGAAGAUGCGCAGGAUCCAGACGCGGAUUAUGAAGAGACCUGGUGGGAGUGGGACUCCAAACUCGAUCCCCUGGAUCCAUGCUCCGAGUCCGGUUCUUUCGACAAUUCUUUAUCUCUCAAUUCCUCUUUCAGCUCCUCAACCUCCCUGCCCGUCCGAAAUGCUCUAGAGUUCCAAUCAAAUUCUGAGCCAGUAGGUCUAUAUUCGGAUCAAAGAGGACCUGGCACUCCACAAUCGGAUGCAACCCCGCGACCACCCCGUAAACUCAACCGCACAUCAUCGGCACCGACAACGCAAGUAAUAAGACCUCCACCAAAGCGUCGCGCUGCGACCUCAUUCGAACGCGACGAUGUUCCACCCUACAUAUUCUCGCCAAGGGCAAAUUUCGUAUCUCAGAGCAAUGGCAAGAAGCGGCGCCGCACAAGCCGCUCGCCGACCGAUGGUUCCUCUGGCAACAGCGAUGCUGACUCCGCUGGUGGCGAUCAGAGAGUCACUCACCAUCCUUACAAGGCUUUCGGAAAUGGUUUUACGCCCGAUGCCUCCGUCGAACCUCGUACCCAGCCUCGUACCCCCUACCUCGAAGGGCGUGAGGGCAGCUUCGGGAUCGUGCCCAGAGCUGUUCAACAGGCUGCGGCUACAGCAAAGGCUAGUGAUGCCUACGCCACACCUCGCAGCCCAUUUACUGCCGAGUCCCUACCCGACCCGGAUGAGCGGUUUUCCGACACCGAGCCGGAUGACAUGGGGGAUGAACGCGGACCGAGCAGCGACGACGAUGAGGAUGAACUCCGCGGUACCACCAACGCACGGCGUGCUCGGAAGAGGCGGCAGAAGUACGACGACUUCGACAAGAAGCUCCACGGCGACGAGGAGAUGACGGAUACGGACGCCGAGUGGCUGGGCCUCUCGGAGGAGAGCCAGGUGGAUUGCGUCAAGAUACCUGACUCUCCGGUGAAGCGGGAGGAGAGUGCCAGUCCGGGUCACAACGAGUGGAUCGAUCGUAGGAUGCUGAGCCACUAA